AUGCUAAACCUUACUGAUCACGAGCACCGUGCAAUAAUCGACGAUCUUCUGACGCGCGUUAGAAGGGGGAAAUUAAAGCACGGAGCAAAGGCAGAAGUUGCGAGGAAUUUUGGCUGUGAUGCGACUGCUGCUGGGCGCCUGUGGGCCCAGUACACACGUACGUGUACGCAUGGCAUCAGCGGAGGUGACUGGCGAAGCAGGAUCAAGAGCAAGUCAGGAAGGAUGCCAACAUACCGCGAUGAAAUUGCCCGAAAGUUGGCCCAGGUUCCCGUUGAAGAGCGCCUUGUUGUUCGACACACAGCGAUCGCCGCUGGCAUCACGCGGCACUUAGUGACUGCCAUGCUCAAGGAGGGCCGCUUGCACCGCAGUUCGACCCGAAUCAAGCCUUUCCUAACAGCCCAGAACAAGCACAUGAGGGUGGAGCACGUUCUCAGCUAUAUCGACGACGAGAGCCAUGAAUUCCAAAGCAUGGAGAAUGUCGUUCAUAUAGAUGAGAAAUGGUUCAACCAAGAUACAAACAAGCGCACGUACAUGCUUGAUGAAGAAUUGCCUCCGCAACGGAACCGCAAGCGCAAGAACUUCAUCCCGAAGACCAUGUUUCUCGCUGCCGUGGCGAGACCGACAUACGACUUCCAUCGCAAAUGCAGAUGGAACGGCAAGAUCGGCAUCUGGGCAUUAACCGAGAAAUACGUCGCCCAGCGGUCUAGCCAGUAUAGACCGAAAGGUACUAUAUGCACGCGCAACAUUGAGAGCAUUGAUCGGAAGGUGUACAAAAGCAAGAUAACGCUAAGCCUCAUAUCUCGCCGUUGGACCCCGACAUCCUCGCAGCUGGGCUGGUCGAUCCGCCUAAUCUUCCAGCCUCCCAACUCGCCCGACUUGAACGUGUUGGACCUGGGUCUGUUUGCAUCAAUGCAGUCGUUACAAUAUCGGAUUCCUAUCUACAAGAUCACGGAUCUGAUCGAUGCAGUCGACGACGCGUACAAAACGAUGAGCGCGGACACUUUAGACGACAUUUUCUUGACUCUUCAGAGCUGUAUGCUCUGCAUUCUGAAGGAAGAUGGAGGAAAUCAGUACAAGCUGCCACAUAUGGCCAAGGCCAAGCUGCGUAGAGCCAACUGUCUGCCAAGGGUUCUGACAUGUGAGCUCGAGUUAUACAAGCACGCUAUCAGAGCGCUGCAGAGUGGAGAUCGUGGCAGCGUUCUUCUCUUUGGUGAAAACUAA